AAUCCCACGUGACGUCACCCUAGGGUGACGUGAUGCUCUCUAAAUAGAUCGUAUUGUAAUCUUUUCUCAGUCCAGCGUGGUUUCAUCUGAGAGGCUGCUUCACAUUUUCUGCAAUUGUUUGUUUUAUGAGGACUCGGCUGGAGUGAUGAACUCAGAGCAGGAAAGGCCUUUUGUGUGCAGCGCUCCUGGAUGUUCUCAGCGAUUUCCCACCGAGGACCACCUGAUGAUUCACAGACACAAGCAUGAGAUGACGUUGAAGUUCCCCUCCAUAAAGAAUGACAGCCUGUUAUCAGACCAGACACCAACUCCGACACGCUUCCUGAAGAACUGUGAGGAGGUGGGCUUGUUCAGCGAGCUUGACUGCUCCAUCGAGCAGGAGUUCCGCAAGGCCCAGGAAGAGGAGGACCACAAACAGAACAUCUCCAUGCAGCACCAGCAGUCCCACUCGAGGAUGGGCAGCCAUGACAGCAGCGUGGUGAUCCAGCAGGCCCUCCCCUCUCCCCAGUCCAGCUCUGUAAUAACACAGGCUCCAUCAACCAACAGACACAUCAGGCAUGGGAAGCUGGCACCGGGUGUGAUGCUGUCCGAUCAGUCCCUCGAAACCCUUACGUUGAGGGUACGGUGGUGUCCUUUUGGUGUUCAGAUGGAGAGACAGAUGUCCAUGGGUCUGAUGGGGAUGCUGGGCCCGUCCCACACCAGCUCCUGCUCCUCCACUCCGGUUGCUUCCAUGCACUCAGAGGCCAAACUGAGGCUGAAGGCUGCACUUUCGCACCACCCGGGGGCCAUCGCCAAUGGCAACAUGAACUCCAUGGGUCACAUGAUGGAGAUGAUGUCGUCACGUCAGGAGCAAGGGGUCCACCACCCCAUGCACUCGCACCCCCACCAGCACAUGCAGGCGCCUCCCCAUGCCUACCAACAACAUGGCCACCACCACCACAGCCAUGCCCACGGGCAGGGCGUACACCAUCAGCCCCAGGGUCACAACCCCCAUCACAGCUCCCACAACCACCAACUCCACCCCGGCCCCCCGCACCAGACCUCACCGCAUGGUGCCAUGCACUCCUCACAGAUGUCCCCUGCCGCCCAGCAGAUGCAGCCCACCCAGACCAUGCAGUCCCCGGCCUCGAGCGGCGGGCGGCGCCGGCGGGUGGUGGACGAGGACCCAGAUGAACGCAGGCGGAAGUUCCUGGAGCGGAACCGGGCGGCGGCCACCAGGUGCCGGCAGAAGAGGAAAGUGUGGGUGAUAUCGCUGGAGAAGAAGGCAGAGGAGCUGACGCAGACCAACAUGCAGCUCCAGAAUGAAGUCACCAUGCUAAAGAGUGAGGUGACACAACUCAAGCAGCUUCUCCUCACCCACAAAGACUGUCCCAUCACCAGCCUGCAGAAGGACUCCCAAGGCUAUCUCAGUCCGGAGAGCAGUCCUGCCAGCAGCCCGGCCCCAGUGUGUUCCCAGCAGCAGGUCAUCCAGCACAACACCAUCACCACCUCAACCACGACAGUCGGGGGCAGCGGUGUACACGGAGAGGCUAACCACCGCAGAGACAUUCACCCCAUCCACUAGAGGCCAGGGAGACUAGCAGAAGCCUAUACCCCCAACCCAGAUCUGCAAGGGCCGCCUCUCAGUACAGUUGCACAGUGCCUCAUCCUCCAUCAGCAACACUUCCUCAAGCCUGCAAGGAACUUGUUUAUACAGUAGCUAUAUAUUUUUAUAGAGCCCUCCCUAUUAACAAACGUUUUAACUCCUCAAUUAAUCCCUUUUUAUUUUCCUUUGUCUUUUCCAUGUAUUUGUUGUGUGUGGCCGUCCUUUUCCAUAUUGUAUUUGUACAAGCGUAAAGGGGUUGUCCCGGUUAAAACCAUGCAUCAUUAAUGUAACCUUUGCGUGUAUGUGUGUGUGUGUGUGUGUGUGUGUGUGUGUGUUGUACACAUACUCUGGUACAAGCUGUGAGGUUGUAGUCAUUGGACUAUAUGAAAUCAGGGAAGUUAGCCUGGGAGAGUAUUUCUCGGUCACCUGCCCCUUCCCUCUUUUUCUCACUUUUUUUGUUUUAUACAACCGAUGUGAACAAUAAGCCAGUUACUGGGGUGGAGAGAUGGGUCAGAACAUGUGUGUGUGUGUGUGUGUGUGCCCUUAGAAACAGUAUAUAGACUGUGUAUAGUAUAUAGCACGAGUCUCUGAUAACGUGCUCAGUGUGUGAUCGUACACGUGAUGUUCCUGCCUUUUUAGGAGAAAGAAAUUUUACUCAAACUGUUGCCAUAAUGUUUCUAAGACUAGUUAUAUAUAUAUAUAUAUAUAUAUAUAUAUAUAUAUAUAUAUAUAUAUAUAUAUCAAUAAUAUCUAUAUAUUUAACCCAUGGUGGUGUUGAGUGUUAUGGAAAACACAUCAUAUUUUGAAAAACAGUAUAUGGUCACAAGAGCAGAGCAAUACGUACCAGUAUUGAUAUGUGAUAUCGUAUGUGAUGAUAAUGAUUAUGAGUGAGUGUUUGAGUGCUUAUGUGUGUAGGUGUGUGCGUGCGAGUGUGUGCAUGCGUGUGUGCCCCUUAAGACUAGCGUGGUCUAUCCAAUCAGGGCUGAGAGGACCCACAGUCAGCUAGAACAUAACUUUGAUACCAGUUGGAAGCUCAGGGGCUAGGACAGCCCCCCCCCCUCCUUAGGACCAAGAGAAGGUUUAAUGGACAAAUCCUGUUUCCCUCAUUAAAGGAUCACAUGCAUUUGCCUUCAAUUGCAGAUAAAAAUAAAAUGCAUUUUAAAGUUCCAGUAUGUAACAUUCCCGUGUGCUUGUGCUUGUACUCUCUUGUCUACAUAAUAGGCUUUGGUGGGGAUGGAAGACGAAAUUAACAAUUGUAAAGAGUGCGAGUGUGAUUCGAUGUGUUAGAUGAGCUAUGUUGUUCCUUACAUAACUGCCCGUGUUUUACUGUCUUUUAAGAGGUGCACUUCCUAGCUAUACUUUCCAAAAUGUCACAAGUUGCCUAAAAUCUUUUUUAGAAAUGAUUUGUUUGCUUGCUAAAGGCAAGAAAAAAUAUUUUUUUCCUUUAAGAUUACCUCACUUAUGUCUCAAAUUUCUAAUUCAUUUGAUAUUUAUUUUCACAAUGUCUUGUGAUCAACAAUGUUUAGCAAAUGUUGACCUUGUCAGGGAAGUUCACUGCAUUUGAAUUAAAGUUAGGAAAGAAAAGUAGACACCCAUUUCACAUUGAAUUCUUUCUUUAUAUAGUCCUCCCAUCUCAUCAUGUUGGUUAUAGUAGUGUAGUUCUAAUAUCCCCUUGCCUUUGGGCCAUGAGAUGGCGAACCAGCCUGCCGGCCAGCAGGAGCUUAAGGGUGCAGAAAUGCUCUUGCUGAUUUCACCGAGAUCAGAGAGCUGUCUAUGCAUUUUGUCUUCUGCCAAGCCAGAGGUUAGAAUAGCCAUACGGUCUGAGUAGUUUGCAUGUGAUCUCCUCCCCCCAUCCCCAGCCAGGAUUUCACACACCCAUGACAUGUGUGUGGCAUGGACGAUACAUAUAAGGAUGUCAAGUAGAGGCAGCGUUAUUACCUAAUUCGGAGCCUUUCACUUCAGAGUUAGAUCAGCCUGCCCUUCAACUUUGAACUCAGCAUCCAUCAGUCAAGACGGGCCAGCCGCGCGCCUGAUACCCCCCCCCCCCCCCAUCUCUGUCGUCCAGUAUAAAGGAAAGCUUUUAUGCGAACUGGACUGUAGUAAAGAAUGUAUAUUAACCGGUGAACUCAAUUAUAUUCUCUUUAAAAUGUAACAUAGCUUUUUUGUAGCAAUCUUAUUAUGCACUAAAAAAAAAGCUUGCCUUAUCUUGAGUUUAACUUAGAUCCUUACAGCAUUCCAAACUAACCUCUUGCAUUGGAAAUUGUGGCAAUGAACUCUGAGAUGCCUAAAAACUGGAAUCAUAGGAAGACCAUUUUGAGAUUCAGACUAAUCGUUUUUGAUGUAGUUGCAUCGAUGGCUUUCGACCAAGGUUUGUGUGUAAAUGAUGAAAGGGAGAUAUGGGGAGACGAAGAGUUAAGUAUGAAGAGUGUAAGCGUGAAUGUUAUUACAUAUGUCAUGCAAGAACAAUUCAUACAGUGUCAUAUAAAUGUAUAAUUUUUUAAAUCUAAACCCUAUACAUAUUGUAUAGAAUGUGAUUCAUUUAUUUUAUCUUGUACAUGUAAGGUAACCUUUCUUUUUUACGAAAAUUGAGAAAAUGCGUGCUACGUGUUUUGUAAAUAAUGUUUGCAUAGCACUUGUUAUCUACGUUGAGAAGUUCAUUUCAGCGCCUAAAUAUAUUGUGUGAUGAAUUUAUAAAUCCUUUCUUGCCUAUAUAACUUUGUACAGUACAUUUCCUCUUGUUUUUUUUAACUGUACAGAUGCUAUGCGUCUAAGUAGCUACAUUAUGAUAUGGAAAUAAAGCACUUGUUCUGGAACAGACAUCUCCUUCAAUAGAAGAGGAUGGCAGGGCAAACCACACCUUUUCUUUUCAAUAGAGCAACUACAUGUGUGUUAUACAGUUUAAAAAGCACAGUUUUUGCUCCAGGUUACAUGGAUGUUUUUGCCAAAAUGUACAAACAAUUACCAGCGUUAUUCAAUUUACAGAAUCAAUUCAACCUGCAAUAUGCCACCAUUUUUGUUUAUGUAGUCAUAAUUUUUGUUUAACAUAAAAUACAUGCAAUUUUAAUGUAGAGUAUAAAUCCCUUACACCCAAAACAAUAGACCCAGGGGAGAGUCAUUGUCUAAAUGCACUGUGCAAACUAGGAUUCCCAGGUCAGAUAGUCCUGGUCUAAAUGCACUUAUGAAACAAAGAAAAUUGCUGACCUAGAAUCCAGAAAUGUACAAACUGAAGAACAUUAAUUAUCAGUGCAUCAUUGUGGAGCAAUUAUAUUCUUAAUAAAUGGGAAAUGUUCCACCUUUUAGAAUAAGCGUUUUAAAAAAUAAUGUGCCUGCACAGCCUUGCAAAAAUAAGAUCAAUCAACAUGUAAAUUAACUGUCCGUAGUCGGGCUGCACGGAGUGGAGGCCUUUCAGCAUCGACAGCCUCAGUGCCAACCA